AAGCCUAAGCAUUGGAAAUGAAACAUCCACACAGCUGGGCAGAUGCACACAUGGUGGAGGCAGAUGGGGGGACCGUGGUAUGUGCUUAGGUCCCCAGAAUGGCGGAUAAAUUCUGCGAAGUCUCCCUGGAAUAAUAAUAAGAGGCUGCACACAAAUGUGCUUGAAACAAGGCAAGGAGUUGAGCUGUGAAUCCCCUACAAGCUGUUGGAGUGAAUUCGUGGCACUGCAGACCAUUUGCCUGGUUCUAAGGGCAUGGCCUUCAUCAGCACAAUGGAUCAGAAAAAAGAACAACCUACCAAGUCUUCCUAGCUCCUGGUUGUACAAAGUUGCUGAUCCCUCACAUAUCUCCAGUCAACAGUCCCAACUACACCUUCCUUCCUACUGAAAGAAGCAAGUCAACAAAGUCUAGCUGAAACGUGAAACGUUACCAAAAGCCCUGUAAAAAACUCUCCCCUGAAAGUUGACAGUCAUUCUCUUUGUGAGCUCAGUGCACUGCGCAUCAGAUUCCAGAUCAGAGGGAAGUUAUGUUUGUGUAGCUAGUAGCAGAGAUUGCACAAAUAAAUAAACACGCGUAUAUAUUCGAGAUUAUACACACCGCACUAUACUGUGUGUAGAAGUAUAUGCUCAGAAUGGAUGAUCGGUAUAGAAACAACGCAAAUCUGUAUCAAGGGGCUAAGGACAUCGCUAGAGAGGUGAACCAGGUGUCAGAUGACUACCGGUAUCAGGAUGGCAACUAUGAAAGGUAUGCACCUUCAGAUGGCUAUCACCAUGAUGGGAAUGAGCCAACCCAAGAAGAGGAUGCCCAGAGCGAUGCCACGGAAGGCCAUGAUGAGGAUGAUGAGGUCUAUGAAGGAGAGUACCAGGGCAUCCCUCACCCAGAUGACAUUAAGGGCAAACAGAAGAAGAAAGCCCCUGCCAUGGCCGAUGAGUUUAGAGACAAGGCUGAACUCAUAGCCGAGCGGAUGGAGGAUGAGGAGCAGCUUGCCCACCAGUAUGAGAACAUCAUCGAGGAGUGUGGCCACGGGCGCUUCCAGUGGACACUCUUCUUUGUUUUAGGCUUGGCACUAAUGGCAGAUGGGGUGGAGGUGUUUGUGGUUGGCUUUGUUCUGCCCAGUGCUGAGAAGGAUAUGUGCUUGUCCAGCUCAAACAAAGGGAUGCUAGGGCUCAUAGUCUACCUGGGAAUGAUGGUGGGAACCGUCAUUUGGGGUGGCCUGGCAGAUAAACUGGGAAGGAGGAAAUGCCUCAUCAUAUCACUCGCAAUCAACGCUGCCUUUGCAUUCCUCUCCUCCUUCGUCCAGGGAUAUGGAUUCUUCCUCUUCUGCCGCCUUAUCUCCGGCUUCGGCAUUGGGGGAUCCCUCCCCAUCGUCUUUGCUUAUUUCUCUGAAUUUCUUUCUCGUGAGAAGAGGGGGGAACACCUGAGCUGGCUCUGCAUGUUCUGGAUGAUUGGUGGCAUUUAUGCCUCUGCAAUGGCUUGGAGCAUCAUUCCACACUACGGCUGGGGUUUCAGCAUGGGAACCAAGUACCACUUCCACAGCUGGAGGGUAUUUGUAAUCGUCUGUGCUCUGCCCUGUAUCUCUUCACUGGUGGCACUUAAAUUCAUGCCGGAAAGUCCACGUUUUUUGCUAGAGAUAGGUAAACAUGAUGAAGCCUGGAUGAUUCUCAAGCAAGUUCAUGAUACCAACAUGCGGGCUAAGGGAGAGCCGGAGAGGGUGUUCACGGUCGCCCACAUCAAAACUCCAAAGCAAAUAGAUGAGUUUAUUGAAAUCCAGAGCUCAACAGGGACAUGGUACCAGCGCUGGUUGGUCAGAUUCACGACCACGUUCAAACAGGUCUGGGACAACCUGUUGUAUUGCUUGACAGCCCAGUACAGGAUGAAUACACUGAUUCUGGCUGUGGUUUGGUUUUCAAUGGCCUUUAGUUACUAUGGCCUUACUGUCUGGUUCCCUGACAUGAUCCGAUAUCUCCAGAAUGAGGAGUAUGAAUCCCGACUGAAAAUCUUCGAGCGGGAACGUAUAGAUCACUUCACCUUCAACUUCACAGUGGAAAACCAGAUCCAUAGGAAUGGGGCAUUUGUCAAUGAUAAAUUUACUAAGAUGAAAUUCAAAUAUGUGACAUUUGAGGACGUGCUGUUUGAGGAAUGCUAUUUUGAAGAUGUGACAGCCAUCGAGACCUUCUUCAAAAACUGCACCAUUAUAUCCACUGUCUUCUAUAACACUGAUCUUUAUGAACACAAAUUCAUUGAGUGCAGGUUUAUAAACUGCACCUUCCUGGACCAGAAGGAGGGAUGUCACCUGGACUUUGAGCAGGAAAACGACUUCCUAAUUUAUCUCGUCAGUUUCCUGGGUAGUUUGUCCGUGUUGCCUGGCAACAUCAUCUCAGCCCUGCUCAUGGACAAAAUAGGAAGGAUAAAGAUGAUUGGUGGCUCAAUGCUGAUUUCUGCAGUGUGCUGCUUCUUUCUGUUCUUUGGCAAUAGUGAGUCUGCGAUGAUUGGCUUGCAGUGUCUGUUCUGUGGGACCAGCAUUGCUGCCUGGAAUGCCCUGGAUGUGAUCACCGUGGAGCUCUAUCCCACCAGUAAAAGAUCAACAGCCUUUGGCAUCCUCAACGGUCUCUGCAAGGUUGGUGCCAUCCUGGGGAACUCUAUCUUUGCCUCCUUUGUUGGGAUAACCAAAGUGGUUCCCAUCCUUCUGGCCUCCUCUGCGCUGGUUGCAGGAGGGCUGCUAGCCCUGAGGCUACCAGAGACUCGAGAACAGGUCCUGAUGUGAGAAAUUGGGCAGCAGGAAAUGAAGAAGAGCUACAAAAAAGAGCCAUGUCUAGAAAAAUCAAAAUGUCCAUUUAUCCUUUUCUGCGGAUACCUCAGAUAUGGGGAGGGGGGAAAAACAACCCCUAAUUUAAGACCAUUUCCCAUCCAUGAUUGGCUCUUUGCAACCAGGGUACAUACACACUGCAGCACUUUGCUCGUUUGCUUUAGAUCCAGUCCACACUGGGGAGAGACUGAGGAUCUGUCCUUCCCAUGCGUGCAUGGGCAUAACUGACACAAAUAUUAACAGCAGCAUUGUGUGUGCAGGAAUCAAGGGGGAGAACAGAUUCAAACCUUUAUAUGCCCUGGAUGAGUUGCAAGAAAACAUCUGCAUUUACAAGCUGUCCUGGCUUGCAAAAGAACUGGAAGAUAGUUAACAAACCAACUCUGCUGAGGUUAGGUCUAGCUUUGGGGGUCAAGAUUUCCAAAAAUGACUAGUAAUAUGGAAUAUCUUGAUUUUGGGGGCCCAAUUUGAGACACCUUUCAGGGGCCUGAUUUUUAGAGGGUAAGUGCUCAGUGCUUUCUGAAAAUCAGACCCCUUUAUAUUAUCUCUAGUUGGGCACCCAGAAUCACUAGUCAUGUUCUUGAGCUGGGAUUUUUUAAAAAUAAAAAUAUAUCCUAUUUCAAUUUCUAAUUUUAAAUCUCUAUAUUGUUCUCACCAAGAAGAAUCUAAAACUAAAACAAAACUAAAAACCAGUCCCACUAACACAAGACAUCCAGAGCAAUCCCUAGGAAGAGACGUUAUUCUUGUCCAGUCAACAGUUCUUUAAUGGUGUUGAUUUUAGGAUAUUUGUAUAAUAGGAAUUUUUUUCUGCCUAGUUCUGUUUAAGAGAAAUUGGCAUGAUGUUGGGGAUUCUGCAAACCAAAUGUGUAUAUAUUAUGCGGUGUAAAUAGGGGACAAUUUUUGUUUAAAGUCUAGAGGAUGGUAACUACUAGAAUUUACCAGCAUUUUAGCCAUAUUAGUUAAGGAAAAUGAUGUGUGAGUUUCCUAUAGAUUUGGGUCUUAUUGAAACACUGUAAGCACAAUUAUUUAUAGCUUUUUAACCUGAUGUCUAGAGAAUGCACUUAGCAAACUUUCAUUGUACAGUAUAUUUAAUUGUCUGUUAAGUGGGAUAAUGAAGUUUUAAAUUCUGUAAAGAUCAUUCUUGGAAUUCCUAUGAUUCCUCAUGGUAUGACUUUGGCUUUGCCACACAACUAGACACAAAGUGAUACAGUAGAACCUCAGAGUUAUGAACACCAGAGUUACAAACUGACUGGUCAACGACACACCUCAUUUGGAACCGGAAAUACGCCCUCAGGAAGCAGAGAUAAAAAAAUGCCACAACAGUACAGUACUGUUCUGUUGUUAAAUGUAAACUACUAAAAAAAAAAAAGGGAAAGUUUAAAAAAAAGAUUUGACAUGGUAAGGGCACGUUUCAUUUAAAUUAAGGUGGUUAAAAGCAGCAUUUUUCUUCUGCAUAGUAAAGUUUCAAAGCUGUAUUAAGUCAGCGUUCAGUUGUAAACGUUUAAAAGGACAACAUAACAUUGUGUUCAGUGCCCGUUCCCCAGAUGUUCGUAACUCUGAGGUUCUACUGUACACGUUCAGUUGCAUUUUUGGAUAUAUAUAUUUUUUGGAAGCAAGAAUGAAAGGCAAAAAAAUAAAUCUUCCGCUGCUCAUAACAAUAUAGAUAAUGCUAAUCAGACCAUUAGCAGGCACAGAGGCGGGCUGGCAUCUAAUGGGACCAGAUGAGUCAUGGGAAAUUUGUGUCACUUAUGACAGUCUGUGACAUAAAAAGCUGUUUGAUACUAUUGCCACUGUCAAGUUUGAUGGAGAAGUGGCACAGUGCAAAGGAAAAUCAAGGUUCCCAUUUGUGCUUUUAAAAAUCACUGGUUCACGUUUGAAUCCAAGCUGAAAAUUCACAAAUCCACAGGGAUUUCCCCUUUACCAACAAGGCAGCAGUGAAAUGAGUUAUAAUGCCACAGUUACCGUACAAUAAUGCAUCUUACUAUACAGAAACUACUAGGGAUGAUCACUAAUUUGGCUAACAGAUCACUAGAAACUCACAUGCUGAUUGGAUUCUGGAGUUAUGGGGAUCACUUGCUCUUUCUUUUGCCUUUUUCCCCAUCCACCCACUGAGUUGAACUGCCUUGUCCACGUCCUCCUUCUCCUCUUUCAUGACCUCCAAAAGCCAUAUUGAUCUCCCCGCUGGGUCCCCUGCCUUUAAGGAUAGGAAAAUGGCCACUCUGAAUCCCCUAUACCUGGGGUUAAAGACUUCACAGUCUAACUCCUCUGCUGCAUGGAGGCAGUUAUAUAUAAGCAGUAACUCACAUUAAUAUUGUCCCCUGAUAGCUGCGGGAUUCAUUCAUGGCAUCACUGUAAGGAGUAUAUUUUCUACAGUAGAAGUAUACAGAGUAUAUGUAAAUCAUGGGAAGCAAAUGUUUCUGGGACUCCUUGGCCCCGACACUAAAUCUCCAUUGGGUUUCACUGUUCUGUGGUCAGCUCAAGCAAGGAAAUUGCAGUACGUAAUUGUGAAGCUCCCAGGUUACAACUGGCUAUGGAUUUUUCAGAUUUAGGUUGAGGUUUAUGAAAGUGAUAAAAUCAUGAGCUGCUGUAAUAAUUCUAGGCUUCUUAUGCCUCGUGUCUUCAGCUUACAGAUAGCUUUGAACCCUUCUCUACUAGUCUUCGAAAGGGCUAGGUCCAGCUUUCUUCAUGCACAGCACCCGGUCCCUUGGAAAGGCUGAAGCUAAUGCUACUGUGUCCUUUUAAAUAUGGCAGCAGUACACGGGCACCUCCUUAACCCCUUCUCUGCUGCUGAGGAUUGUGUCCGAGAAAGCAGCGUUCCCUAAAAAACAUCCCAUCCUUGCCCUCUGCUGGAGGUAGACAUGUACUUCAGCACUGAAGAGAUCACAGACUUCCUUGUGAUCAAACCACUAUAGGGCGACUCACUCCAUUUGUCUCGGUGUACUUAGGGAGAAUGUUUCAUGUUCUGGGUGAUUGUGUUGCAUCACUCUGUGAUGUCGAGUUCAUCUGUAUUUAUUUUACUAGGCAUUGUUAGUCAGGUAAGUAUGUAGUGCUGGGACAUUCAAAAGUACUAACCUGACCCAAUUGUGUUCUGCACUGACUUUGUACAAUGACUGUAGCCACAGUGUUUAUAUUGAAAAACCCAUCAAUUCACUCCUGAGGAGGCGGAAACUGAGAGCUUCAGUUAUUGGAAAUGGGGAAGUAGGAGAUGGUCACUGAAACUUUAGAAGCCUUUCUUCUUCCGGGGAUUAAUCUUCCCCAGAGUCUGCAUGGUGGAAGUUUGGAUUCCAUAGGUUUGUGGGGACCAAGUACUAAGCAGUAGACAGUGGGUAUCAGGCUUACACUAGCCAGGGACAUCAGCUAGAUGAUAUAAAAUGCCUGUUGCAUCUCUAAUGACUAUGAAUCAAUCACUCAGAGGUGCACAGGAUGCUGCCCUUGUAUCUUGAUGGAUGGUACAGUUCUUGUCUGUGAACUUUGGACGAGGAGUUCACCAGCCCAAUUCUAAUGUGAAAGCUUAGACACACACUGCAUCUGAUCAUUAAUAUCACAAUAGUCUGAGAAGGGAUGAUACAAUGCUAGGGAUAUAACAAAGACUUUAGCAUGGGGAAAUAAAGCCUUGUUUGUUCUUAUUACAGAGAUCUGUCAAAUCCCUAAAUACACCCUCAGCACAUCCUGUUUUUUGUUCACCUGCAGCCCAAUUAGCUCCCUGUAAAGCUGCACCCAACCAUCCAGUGAUUUUAUCCUCACCUUACUGCCUUGUAGUUUUUAAUUAGACUUGGGGCCAAACCAAAAUGCUGGAUCUGCGCGUAUGCUGAACUUUGGGAAUGUUUGGAAACAGAUCUGAAUUUUGAGCUGCUGCCAACUCCUUUUCAGAAUCAAAACUAUGGAUCCCAACAGCCCUGUAUGUUGGGAAAGUUCUGAUUUGGAUCCAAAUUGUGUGGACUGGGCCCAUCUCUACUGUUAAGUCUUUUCCAUAUGGAAUUUCUCAGACAAGACCAAUAUUUUACCUGCCUAUUUCUGGUAUUUGCUACAGUUAAAGGUCAUCUUUAGUCUUAGAAUGUCCUGGGUACACUGGACCAUCCACAGCGGGGACUGGUUCCUGGCUAUAGGAAGCUCUCUUAGUGAGCUUCCUUUUCACUGAGUAUUCACUCCCCAAAGCAGUUAGAAGAUUUCAUAGACUUUAAGGCCAAAAGGGACCAGUAUGAACAUCUAGCCUUACCACAGGCAAUAGGAAUACAUAACGAAGAGGGGGUUCUGCCUCAAACUCCAUGGAUCUCCAAGGAUCAGCCAAAGGCCCAUCUGGCUCUCUCCAUUCACACAGUCCAGGGCAUAAUGGGUGAGACACAUGCCCUACCACCUGGCCAGGGGAAGCAAAGCAUGUAGAGAAUCCCUUCUAUGGAUGACUCUAGGGGGUACAAUCUGGCCCUCUGUGCUGACUUUUCCUAACUGUAGAGUGGAGUUGAUGAGACUCACUGGCAACACAGGGGCAUCCUGAGUCUUGAUCCAUUAGUGUUUGUAAGCAUGCUGAGAUCCUCAGGUGGGAGGUACCAGAGAAGUGCAAAGGAUUACUAUUAGUGCUGUUCUUCAUCUUAUUAGAAUAAAGAUGCCAUGGCACUUACUGCAGGAUGCUAGUCUGAGCAUCCUGGCCCCAUUCUAAUAUGGAGAAUUACAUACUGCCUCCCUAAGUUCCCUGUUGCUUUAAUUGGAUAGAAUACUCUCCAUCCCUUUCUUUACCUUAGCUGUGCAGAGCUUCCUCUUGCUUAGAACUGCCUCAUUCAACCCCAGUGGUGGCCACAGUUUGGCAGAGGGCAAGGUGACCUCUCUAUGUGUAUACUGUCAGCUGUAAUUCAGGACCGCUCUCUCAGACUUUAAAGAGG